ACCUCCGGGGAAACGCGGGCCACCUGGUCAGCCCGGACCUCCUGGUCAGCCCGGGCCUCCUGGAGCCAUCGGCAGCCAGAUGGAGUUGGGUGACCAGGGCCUGCCUGGCGACCUUGGCUAUGUGGGUCGACGAGGAGUUGUGGGAUCACCGGGUUCCCCGGGAAAAGAUGGCAAGGAUGGGCUGCCAGGCUACCCUGGACAAAAGGGAGACACUGGAUCACCGGGUUCCCAAGGGAAUCCUGGCAUCCCCGGCCUCAAGGGUGAUCCUGGGGAGAUUGGCAGACAAGGCCCUACCGGACAAAAGGGAGACCCUGGCGAUGGUGGUCCACUGGGUCCCGUGGGGGCAAAGGGGGACAAAGGAGAGGAGGGUGAGACAGGGAACCCGGGCUCUGCUGGAUUCAAAGGUGAAAAAGGAGACAGGGGCGACACUGGCCCGCGGGGUCCACCUGGCCUCCCCGCUGCUGGUUCUCAAGCGACGGGUGUGAUAACGACGGAGCCGGGACCUCAGGGAGAGCCAGGCCAAAAGGGAAGCAAAGGGGACGUGGGAGACCUGGGCCCUCGGGGUCCGCAAGGAAGAACAGGAAAUCCGGGCCCUCUUGGACCCGACGGGCAGAAGGGAGAGAAAGGGGAGAUCGGUCCCACUGGGAAUACUGGUAGAGACGGACCACCUGGGCUUCUGGGAUCCCAAGGAGCAACAGGACUGCCUGGUGUGCCUGGUCUGCCCGGGCCAAUGGGAAUGCAGGCAAAACCUGGGGCAAAAGGCGAAAGGGGCAUUCCUGGUGUCGAGGGAGCCACGGGCCCUCUUGGACCUCGUGGUCUGCCAGGCCCUCCCGGCCUACAGGGCCCCCUAGGCCUCGGUCUCCCUGGCAAACUGGGGGAGAGAGGCCAAGCAGGUCCAGCAGGCCCGCAAGGCCCCAAGGGUGAGCGAGGGUUUCUUGGAAACCCGGGUCCCCCAGGGGAGAAAGGUCAGCCUGGUAUAGGUGUUCCAGGUCCUCAGGGACCUCAGGGGACCGCUGGCGAGAGAGGGCCUCAGGGUCCAAAAGGAGCUCCUGGAUUUCCAGGCCUUCAAGGAAUCCCUGGAAAAGAUGGAGUCCCUGGGAAGGAUGGACGACCAGGAAUCGAGGGCCCCCCUGGCAAGCCGGCGCCCCUGCCUUUGAUCUCGCAAGGGGAGAUGGGAAACCUGCUCAAGAACGUGUGCAGCAGUUGCCUGACAGGAGCCCAGGGCUCCCCAGGUCUCCCAGGGCUCAAAGGAGACAAGGGCUACACGGGGAGUCCUGGGGAGGACGGACGAGACGGGGAGAAGGGAGAUGCUGGUUCUCAAGGUUCUGCCGGAGCCCCCGGAGUGGAUGGCAUGAAGGGCAGCAAAGGAGAGAGGGGGUUGACAGGCCCUGCGGGUGACAAAGGGGAAAGGGGUCUCCCAGGGUUACCUGGGUACUUUCCUGAGCCCAGCGUCAUCGGUUCUCAAGGAAUGCUUGGAGAAGUCGGCUCCCCAGGAUUAAUAGGACCACCCGGCAUAAAGGGAGAACCAGGAGAGGCUGGGCUUCCUGGUCCUAUGGGCCUGCCAGGACCACCUGGCCUGUCUGGGGUGGAUGGAAGAAACGGCAGAGAUGGACAAUCUGGUGAAAAGGGCAUGAAGGGGGAGCCGGGUCUGGUGGCAUUCGAUGGAGUAGAGGGUCCCAUGGGUUUUAAAGGAUUUACUGGAGAACCAGGUCCACCUGGGCCAAAGGGUGAAGAGGGCCCGUCUGGGCUUCCCGGGAGGGAUGGCAUUCAGGGGAUUGACGGGAGCCCAGGUCUCCCUGGGCUACAGGGACCCCCGGGGCCCAUCGGAGAACCGGGUCGCCUGGGACCUCCAGGGCAUCACGGCCUCCGAGGACUUCCAGGAGAAGCUGGCGCGAAGGGAGACCAGGGCUCCGUGGGAGACGUUGGCUUCCCAGGAUCAAGAGGACCCCCGGGGCCUAUGGGACCUGUGGGGAGAGCUGGGGAGCCGGGUAGAGAGGGCCAGCCUGGGGGGAAGGGAGACCGUGGGCAGAAGGGAGAACGCGGGGAGCCCGGGAUUCAGGGCGACCAGGGCCUACAGGGAGACAAGGGCCGAUCUGGCGAGCCGGGGCCCCCAGGGGUGAAGGGCAUCACCGGACCGAUGGGGCCGUACGGCAUCCCCGGCGAGAGGGGCUCACCCGGCCUGCCGGGGCUGAUGGGGCCCAUCGGGCCGCAUGGACCCAAGGGCGACGCUUUUCCCCUUGACGAGAUGAAGCGUCUGAUAAGAGAAGAGGUCACUAGGAUAUUAGAAGAUCGACUCACGAGGGUGAUGGCACACAUCCAGUCGCCUGCAGCCAUCGUCACAUCCCCGGGGAGACCAGGGCCUCCUGGCCCACCGGGAAGGGAUGGCACGCCCGGUCGACCUGGCAUGCUCGGGGAACCAGGUCCACAGGGAUUAAUGGGGUCCCAGGGCUCUCCCGGCAUACAGGGUCCUCAAGGCGAUAGGGGCCCCAAGGGUCAACGAGGAGACCCUGGAAUCGCGAUCAAAGGGGAACGCGGAGUUCCAGGACAACCAGGCACACCGGGCAGCCCCGGGCAGGCCAAGGAUGGCAGCCCAGGCCCCGCAGGGCCUCCAGGCAGGUUCGGCAUAGCGGGGAUGCCAGGGCCGCAGGGGCCUCCAGGCCGGGCCGGCCGCUGUGACCCGACGACGUGCCAGCAAGCGGCCCUGCUUGCGUACCGUGACCGGCGAGACGCGGAUAGGCCCUGACGGGAGACGAGGAGGCGAGAUCCGCAGAGAUGUUGGGCACGGGAGGGGGGGAGUUGAUGCGAAAUCACGUAAGGGUUGCCCCCUCUGAUCAUGACAAAUCGCGGUGUUGUCAUGGCCAAGGCCUUUGAUGCCACCAAACCUCGCCAACCCUUUCUACUCUCACGAGCAGAUUCCGCGGCUGCUGCACAGUAGGCGCGCGACAACCGAGACGACCUGCCCUAACAGCAUCCCACCCCUCCCAUCAUCUGCUCUGAGGUCUUCUCCUUGUUUGCCAGACUCGUGGAAACCAUUUCAAUGCCUUCCACCUCUUAGGUACCAUAAAAAAAACCGGACACAUCAUGGGAAUAAUAAUAAUAUCUCUCAAUACUGUAAGAGGGGAGGCCUACCUGUAAUUGUAUUAUCUUCGGUGGUGUGUUGUUAUAUUAUUACGCAAAUAACGUCAUGGAAGGACUAUGUGAUUUGGCAGGAGAUCUACCUCAAUAAGAGCACGAUCCUGGAUAAACCAGGGCAGGUGGCAACCCUAAUGUUGCGGCCUAGCGGUGGAGGAUGUUUACGAUCCCACGCUGUGGCUGCUCCACGCCCUGAAUGAUCGCCGCGUGAGGACACUUUACGUUCGGGCAAAAAAAUUGGCGACCGUUUGUUGCUUUCGCGUAAAACUGCAGGGAUUUAGCGUUUGCAGUGACGGAUAGGCGCGGGAUGAGAAUGCUUUACAGUCAUCGUCGUUGAUAGCACGGCCAUGAACAUAAUAUUAUUGCGAGACGUACUUCUCCCCAUCGUACGUUGACGUUGAAUCCAGUUGAGAACAGUCUUAUGAAAUCGGUGAAGAGGAGCUUUAUUGGUCAGAAUUUUAUCAAUAUAUUGGCAACGUAUAAAUAAUAUCUGUUUAAGCCUGACAAUUUUGGCAGGUGCUGGAGGGUUAAUUACGAGAAUUUUGGCGUAAAACUGCCACUUGAUCUCACGCAAAACAAAAAAUGGAUCAUAAAAUACCAAAUUUUCCUGAUUUAUAAGAUGUUCCAAAAAGUAAGACGCACCCCAAAAUUGUGCCCGGUGUCAAUAAAGUUAUACAAAUCUGGGCAUACACGCACCUACUGGAUUAUAAGACGCAACCAACUACUUUAGCUUUAUAAUACAGGGGGUAAAGGUGCGUCUUUUAAUCUGGAGAGUACGUUUGUACAAGAUAAUGUAACAUUUUGGGCAUCAAUACUUUGUCAGGGCGCCACGGUGGCGAGAUGUUAACUACCUCGCCUGGUGUACAAGAGGUUGUGGGUUUGAUCCCGACCCUGAUGCCUGCUGCAUAUUUGGAGUUUGCAUGUCUCUCUCUCCCUGCGGUCGUGUGGAUUUCUCUCCGGGUCCUCUGGUUUUUUCCUCGACAUUUUUGUUGAGCUUUCGUUUGUGGCAACGUCGCGUCUGCAAACAAUAGCUACAUAUAAAAAUUAAAAAUAGGACAGAAAGAUGUGGCAUAGUUGCAAAUUCUGCUGCACUCUUAUUUCAUCUCAUUCUCUUCGUUAAUUCACAAUUGCAUGUUUAUGUUCGUACGAGAUGGCCUGUUAUUGGUGGCCAUGGUAAAGCAUUGUCAGCCUGGCGUACACUCACACUGUGCAUUGGUAUCACUGGCAAAUUUGGACGAGGAGGAGUUUCAGGCAGUGUAAACGACAAAAUAGAUAAAAAAUAAGAUGACAAUAAUGCGUGUCCAUUAAUGCUGCCAUUAUUACGUGAUUAUACAUAGACGGCAGUUCGAAAUGCGUGGUUGAAAUGUUGGAAGGCCCGCUCCUCCCAUACCUCACAUUUUUAAAACCUGAAAUCUUGAAUGAUCUUCAGCAGCGCGUAAGAUACGUGUUCGGAACAAUCAGAGCCAAGAUGCUGGCAAAUACCCAGCCAGGACUCAAAACUCAAUGUGGUGUUUGUCACCAAAGCCAUGGCGGGCACAUCGACGAUUCACACCACCAAAUACGUGUGUGUGUAGUUUUAUCGAGAUUGAUUCCCGCUCAUGUCCAACAACUCAGCGUUAAAUGAGUACCUAGUUCGGUGUUUAAACAUCAACUCGUCCGCCGUGCCGGCCUCAAAGGUUCUUGUGAAGAGCACUUGCCCCGACAAUCUGUUCAAAGACUAUAUGGAGUAUAUACUCUUUGCUUCUUUCGGUAAAGUCACGUAGGUAGAUCAAUUAUAGAUCACAAUGUUUCGAUCGCAACACAAGCAAUCGUCAUCAGGUGGGACAGCCACAGCAAGAAAAAAACGUCGUGAUCUAUGAUUUUUCUACCUACGUGACUUUACCGAAAGAACCAAAGAGUAUGGAUUCCUGCAGUCACGAAAGCUUCAAAUCAAGAUUAUAUGGAGUAUCUUUGGCUUUAUCUUAGUUGUUUUUUCAACUUCGCUCAAACUGCUGUCUUAUUAUAAUUCCUUAACGAUGGAUGGUAAUACCGAUAUGUAUACCCUGUACAUGUAUUGCUUAGAUUAAUUUCACCCUCACUGGCCCAUGCGAGUGAAGGUGGAGGGGGGGAGAAACCCGAUUUCAAUUUCAAAGGCUCCUGUAGUCCCCAGUUGCCCAGUGAUGCCAUUGUCUUUGUCGUUACCACUAGGUCUAGUGGCCACUCCUCGCAGGAGGCCAUGGGGGGAAAAAACACUUGCUUUGAACCUCUCCAAACCCCUCGUUGGGACCUCCUUGUCGGCACGGACGCGCAAGAUGCAGCAGGAUGCUCGCACGUGGCUUCGCCGACACGAGGCAACCGCGCAAAUGAAAGGGGGUUGGGUGGGUGUAAGAGAAACAAAAAAACGUGAUAACCCACGCAAUUUUUCUUGUCAGGAAAGUCGGACUCUUGUUCAAAGUAAAGGUGGAUUAAGUGGAUGAAAACAAUUAAUUGAUAAGUUCGUUGUGCGGCCAUCUGUGGGGCGAUGAUACGAUAAUAACUGUAUCAAGAUGAUUGUUAAAGUACUCCAAUGAAGCAAGCAAGCAAGGGUUGUCCUUUAAAACGAAUAUGUGGGUUAUCCAGUUUUAGUUUUUCCCCCCCAGGACAACCAUCAAAUUACUUUUAUUCUAAACAAAACGUUUCCCUUUUUAACCGUAAAACACAAAUUAAAUAAAUUAAAUAGUUUAGUGCCAUAAUUUUUAUCGAAACCUUUUCAAAUGUUGAAGCGCAUUAUCGAGGCCAGUUUAAAUUAACUAAAUUUUGAUAAAUAAAUAGCUUUAGUUGCGCUUUUGAAAAAAAAAACGUUAUUUUUCACACGAGUGGUUAUCGUCAAACUCCGUGCACUAAGGUUUAUUUUCUGCGUACAAAAAAAUUACCUACGCUGAUCUACUGUUUAAUUUCUUAGUUAUCUUAGUUAUAUUUUUUGGGCGGGGGGGGGGGGGGUGUACAAUUACACCUCCAGCGUCACGGGAUAUUUGAAUACUGCUGUACUGUUUAACCAUCGCGUUUCAAAUCACGGAAAACUAGAAAUGGUUUCCAGUUUAUAUAUAUUUUUUAUUGUUGUCAUUGCGCUCGCGAUUUGCGGUGCAGUCGUCCGGUAAAGUUUAAGUGCGAUCCUUAAAGUACCUCAAAUCCUGCCGGUCGGGAUUAUUUUUUUCCGGCCGCUCUUCUUUAUUUACAGUUUUUUUUAAUAACCUAAUUUCCUGUUUUUCUUUUCUGCGCGCGUGUGUGUGUGUGGCGUGUGUCAGCAAAAAAGAUCAUAUUUCUCGAAGUUAACCAAAGUGCCACCCCAUCCAAUGCACCCGUUUUGGGCUGUUUAUUUUUAGCAGUAUGUUGAUUUGGAUGUGAUGGCACAUUCCUCAAAUCCAAUGGGGGGGGGGGGGGGGGGCAUUUUCUGUUGUCUCUUUUCCAAUUUGAUUCUGGUCGUUGUUGCUACUGGCAUCACCGCAUGAGACGAAGCAACCGUCAGGAAAUCUCCCUCAAUCUCAACCUCGUAAUGCUCCGCUGCCGCACGGUAAUCGCUCGCUCUCGAAGGGAACGACUUGAGAGGCGCGAGGAAGAACCGCAGACAAGCGGGGAAGGCUGCCGACAGGCAGUGCACCUGGCACCAAAUCCCCUCCACCCCUGCAAACUUCUGCAGUCCUCUAUAUAUCAAGGUGUUAUUGGCCAAUGCAUCAGUGUUCACAUUCUUGGAGACUCACUGAGGCCUACUUGCUUGCUGGGGUCCACCGGCUGGAGGAGGGCAUCCAGGCACGAUAAUACAUCUCUAAUUGGCUGGAAUUAUCUCCGUAAGCGUGAAAUUGAUUGGAAAAGAGACCGUACCUGGCAAUACAAAGGCUGCGAGUUAAUUGUUUUCUUUAUUGUUACAUCAAAUUUUUUUGUGCUUCUGAUAAAUAGAUCACAUCUUCUGGCCAGCAUAGUAAUUUCAUAUUUUCAGUAGAGUGAGUCACCACAAUCUUCGAUUUAAAGGUGUUUGUAGUCAUUGUUUAUUAUGUAUAUAUUUUUUAAAUCAGUUUUUUAGCUAUGGGGUUGUUUUAAUUGUCAUUUGUUGAUUAACAAUCGUACAUUUUUCUGACAAAAUAUGCUACAUGAGAAGACUUCCUUUCAAAACACAUGAAAUAAUCAUAAAUUGUUACCCUUUGUCUCCACUCCUUGACAAAGGCCUUCCCUUGCUGUGACGGUUGUGGGAAUUAUUUCACCAUACUUCACCAUGCCGGUCAGUGCGUGUUCGCGAGGUGGGUCACUCGCCAGCGAUGUGAGUCGUGGCUGGAAACAAGAGCUCUGGUUGCCAGGUUCGUAGUGCUAUGCGCGCAACAACUGCACCACCGCUCACCUUCGAAACCCAGAUAAAGCAGACCACACGGAUAUGUGACUUAAACAUUGGGUAACAUUGAUAGACUCAAAUCCACCUGCAGUGUUCAGUGUAAGGUCAGUGCGGGAGGUGGCAUCUGUUGAGAAAGUAGCACCUUUGGUGAGAGAGUAAGUCGUGAGUGAUUCCCAUCAGCCCUGGUGCAAGCAAGGAAGUUGGGCCCUCUGUCAAGUUUCCCACCCCUCCCUUCAUAGCCCAGAACCUGGGCCCCUCCGGCGCCCAUGGGUGCAGUUGUGUACAUAUCCUUACUACUUUGGGUAUUCAAGUAUAAAAUAAAUAAACAGAUGACUCGUACAUCGAUAGUAUUGGGAUGAGUUUCCAAUAUAUAUUGUAAGUUUGCCAUGAAGCUUGCAUUUUGGAAAACAGAUUUUGUUUUGCUGAUUUUUGGUGGCAUGUUGCUCGUCCUCAAUCUCUUUGGUUUUUAGGGAGAACAUCUUUUAAUCUCUUAAUAUAUCGGUACAACUACAACUGAAUUCGGACCAAUAGGGAGAUGAUGAUCGCUGCUCAAAUUUUUAGUGUGACAUUUUAGGGAUGCUCCUGAGGUGUAAUACACGUACUGGAACUGCAAUCUAGUAGAUGUCACCAAUUCUAUUGGUCUCCUGGCGUGGCUGGCAUGAUAGUUGAAAUGGAAACGCCACAGUCUACAUGAGCAGCAGAUCACGUGCGGUGGCACAAAGUGUGGCCAGGCCGGCAGUGGUGUGAGAAUAUAAUUGUAUUGCUGCACCAUCAUCUUGUUUGAUUGUAUCACAAUAUAGGUGAUUUUUUGAAUUACAUCUCUACUCUCCCACUCUCUUGUGAUGAAGUGAACCCUACCCUCAGUCACCUUCGGGACACACUGCUGAAAGGCCACAGUGCAAUGAGUACCAGUUAAAUAAUAUUUUUCACUACAUUUAAAGUAUUUUUGUAUUCUUGUUAUUUGUAAAUAAGCGCUAUUGACCAAUUGCCUGCGGCAAAAGUGCGUGUUAUUCUGGUUGUGCAAUUGUCUUGGCCUUUGUCAGAUAGCCUUAUAUAACAUGAUACUGUACCGCCUCUCUUGCGAUGUGUGUGUGUAUAUAUCGAACAUUAGUGGGGUGAGAUAUUUGUGAGAUCCAAUCUCUUAAAAUGGUAUUUGAAUUACCUUUCUUUAUUUUUUGAUGUGUUGAUAUUUCUUUCCGGUUGGAUUUCUUUAUUUGUAUACAUUUUAAAGAGUUACACAGGGUACUUUUUUGUGAUAAGAUUCACAUGAAGCAAUUGGUGAGUGUAACUGUGCACUGUAUGUUUUUACAGUGUUUGUUCUAUAUUUAUGAACAUGUGUUGUUGGAAGUGAUUUUAUUUGAUGUGGUGCUACGAACACAAAUAGACUGCACAUACACAUAUUCUUAGGUUUUUUCGGUAAAGUAACGUAGGUAAAAAACAUUAAAAAGUAAAAUAAAAAAAUAAAAAUAAAAUCACGACGUGGCUGUGACGGUACCACCUGAAGACGGAAGCUUGUGUUGCCUCCGAAACGUCGUGAUUUUUAUUUUAUUUUACUUUUUAAUGUUUUUUACCUACGUGACUUUACCGAAAAAACCUAAGAAUAUGAAUCAUUGCAGUCACGAAAGCUUCAAAUCUAGAAUUAAUGCACAUACACACACACUUACAAACAAUUUCCCACAUAGCCAUACAUAAGGCAGUCCCUCCAGAAAAACGCGGAGUUUUUUGGUGAUUGUUGCGGGCAAAAAUCGUUGAUUAUGCGGCACGUUUUCUUAAAAAAUGCGAUGGAAUAUGCGGGAUAUUUAUGCAAUUUUAUGCGAUUAAAUUGCGGGAACUUGCAAAAACUGCGGUUUGAUGAAAAAGAGAAAAAAAGUGAUUCCCCCAACACCCUAUUCACUAGGCUACUACUUUAAUGUAAAGAGUCAUUUCUUAUUACUUCCUAUGAUAAGCAAGCAUACUACAUCACAGAAAGUGCUGGGAAUAUUUAAGUUCUCAUCUUGUUUUAUUUCAGACCUUAACAAACAGAUGGCUCAAACUUACAAAACAUUAAGUCGAACAAGUUCUGUAGCUUUACAAAAUGAAUAUGCUACAACUUCUGUAAAAAUGAAUAAAUAAAAUAUUAAAAAAUAAAAUGUGUGCUUCCUGUUUUACAGAGGUAGCUAUACAAAACAGACAUCUUCUGUUAAAAUAAGUGUUUUCAGUGCACAGUAACGUAAGCAAUACAGUAACAGUACAGUCUUACAGUAAUGUAAAUUUACAUACUACUAACAAAAAAGUGCAAUCUUACAACUGUAAAGUUGCAUAAACUCCUGAAUAAAACUAACUACGUAGCCUCUAACACUUCAAUAACGUUCCCAUGGCAACAGGGGAAAUGGCUGCGCUUGUGUGAAGUAAACGCAACAUUUUUCAACUUUCUGCCAAGAUAUAUGUGACUUUUUGCAACGAAAAUGCGGGGAUUAUGAAAUCAUGCAAGCCCGCAUAUUUUGCGCGCGGAAAUCUGCAAUUUAUGCGGCAAAAGUGCGGCGUAUUUGAAAAAACGCGCCCCCCGCAUAAAUAUGCGGACUUUGGCUGAUUUUGCGUGGAAUCUUGCGAUCGCAUAAUCGCGUUUUUCUGGAGGGACUGAUAAGGCUGCAGCUGCUGCAGCACACAAGGUGGUGGUGUAGUCAGCACCACCGUUGCUUGCCCACCUGUAUCUCCAUAGUCCUGAUGCACGUCAAUGCGUAAACAGCAUAACCGUACCUCUAAUCACAGGCACCGCACACUUGGGAUGGGUUUUGGAUUUGAAAAAAAAUGAUUUGGAUUCCACAUUUUUUUAUUUUAAGGCCGAUUUCAGAUAAUUUUGAAUACAGGUAUUUUCAGAUGAUUUACAUGUAAUAAUGUAACAGGUCUUCGUGCUAACAGAAGUGACAUCAUCCCAACGCUACUUUUGGCAGAAGCAGGAAAGUAAGGUCAUUUCCUGUGCCAUCAUUUCCCGUGGUGCCAUGUUUCUUGAAUUUAUCGAUCCAAAACCAACAAAAAUUCAGGUAAUCCGAAAUGUGUCUAGGCCAGAUGUUCGAAUUGUUUCCGCUUAAUUAAAAAAAUCUGGAACAUCCCUAGUACACACACACAUGACAGUCCUAUAACUUUAUAAAACAUAUUUGGGGCAGUUUCAGAUUGCAUUUCACUCUGAGCACAUUAACUAUUUGGUAGUUUCAUUCAGCAUGUUGAUCUUACUGUUGUUGAUUUUAUACAUUCCUUUAUUUUCAUGAUUCCUUGAAAUCUCACGGUGUGUAUCGUCAUCUAGAAUGUGGGUUGGUAUACUCUGCUGGUUAAGGUUUGAUAGUGGAAUGUUUUACUGGCAAUCAAUUUAACUGAGUUAAAAACGUUAAGAUGUUUCUACCACACCUGUAUGCAUGUCAGCACAUGCUUGUUAAGAAUUUAUAUUUUCCAACACUUUAAAAAGUAUUUGGCAUUAUGGUUUUUAAAAUGCUACCAUUCGUUCCUGUUGUUUUAAUUGUAUGCUCAAUAUUUUUAAAGUAUUUUUGUGACUAGAAAAAUUAAGAUGAAGCAAUUACACAUCAAUCAUGGGUUUUAACUUUACCCAGUUCUAAAUAAAGGUGAUUAUUUAUUAAAUUAUUCAUUGGUUGAACCAUGAGUCACGAUCCAUCUGAUUAUGCCCUUUAUAAAAGACAAGGUUUUUAGAAACAGUAUCACAAAUUAUAUUUUAAGAGCUCAAUUCACAUAUGGCCCAAUUUUGGUUUUACUUUUUUUGUUCCAUUGCCAAAACUAGUGCAAAUCAGUAAACGUAGUUUGUUUCGGCCAUUUGAGAAUUCACAUAUGAAAUAUCAUUUAAUACAUGAGCCCAGCUGGUGCAUGCCCCAUUUCUUGUUAUAUAUAUUUUUUUGGAAAAUUCUGCCAUUUGAACAAAAUUGAAAUCACCACCGUGAUAUGUUUCGAUCGUUCUCACAUGACAGACAGUUGCUGAAGACUGACCAACUCACGAUUGUGGGUUAAUAUCUGGUUUAAGUUGUGUAUUUUUCUGGCCAGACUCUAAUCCUGACAAAACGAUUUGCCCCAUUUUGUGACGGUGGAAACGUGGUCACAAUGUGAAUCGAGCCCAUUGGCUUUCCAACACAUAUGACCGCACAAUUAAACUUGUGAGAAUUAAAAAACGCGAUUAUAUCGCCAGUUAUAUAACCACACUAAUUCUCAUGAAUGAAUAAAAAGUGUAAUUAAUCAUGGAGCAUUACUUAAAGCUCAAUUAACAUUUAAUAUGAAAAUGUUUUUUUUCUCUCAAGUUAUUAAUUUUGACCUUUAAUGGACCCGACCAUCCGGUGUUUUACAAUUGAUAACGAGCAGGUUAUAUUACAUCAUCGGGGGUGUCAUGAUUCAUGAAUCCAUAGAAUGAGAUCGAUUCUUACUCUCACAAUCCAUGCGUCGAAUCACGCACGUAAGAAUCGAAGAUUGUCCUUUCAUACACUGUACCUUCUGUGUGAAUAGGUUCACGUGGCUUCUGUUGCCACCAACUUGGAAAAAGAAGAAAAUCCAUUCUUGAAUGGAAGUGAUGGAAAUCGUAGCAAUGCAUUGUGUCUUGCAGAAGUGUUUAUCAUGAUAGACUUGCUGUGCCCAUAUCGCCUGUGUAUAGACAACACAUCUUUCUUAAUUAAUUACAUUCCGUCAUAUACCUUACGAGGAGAAGGAGGUAUAGGCGGAUAUUUGAACUGUUCUCUAACAUAUUUACACCAUUCUGGAUGUGGGGCAGUUAACUGAUCAGGGCAGACAGUCACGGUCGGAUAUGCGACAUGCUGUAUUUCAUCAGCUGUUAUAAAACGGUGCUUUGAAGAAUCACGAUCAAUGUCUAUUUUCUUUUUUGUUAUUUGAAGACGAGGUACGUGAUAAUUGUAUGUUGCCGUCCAUCGUGAUUUUGAAUGAUUUAGAAUUGUUUUGAUACGUUCUGUAUACUUUCAUGUUCCUAAGUGUAUUUUAUUUAGCGAGAAAUACUAAAUA